AUGCUACUAGAAGUUAACGAGCAGGAGACAACCAUCGGCGCACUCAAGGAGGAGAUAUCUAAGCUGGUCGAAGGCGAAGCGGUGACUGUCAGUGCGCUUUCGCAGAGGAGCGUGGUGGAGUUGAGGGAUGUCGACAGUUGGUCGGACAGGGAUGAAGUCACACAGGCUCUGGCCUCGGUGACCGGUCUACCAAAGAAGGAUGUACAGAUCAUCAGUCUCCGCAGGGACUUUGGUGGCUCGAAGGUGGCGGUUGCGCUACUCCCAGCGGCAGUAGCUCACAAACUAGUAGAGAAAGGCAGAGCGAGGAUCGGGCUGGUGAACUGCAGAGUCCGCCUUGGGCAGACCCGCACUCGCUGUUUUAAAUGCCUUGCUAUGGGACAUGACUCCAAGAGCUGCACUGGGCCGGACAGAUCGACCUGCUGCCGGAGAUGCGGAGCUCUGGGCCACCAGGCCAAGGACUGCGUUGCAGAACGAGAAGUCGCGGCGACGUUUACCAAGGUCCUAAACCAAGAAAUAACAACGGACAAGCAGGCUUUGAAAAAAGAGGCAUUAGGACACUAA